UAAUCAAGACAAACACGCGAAGGUUUAGUGGUGUGGCGAUGAGAACAAGUUAACUGGGAGUGAGCAGAUUAAAUAAUACGGAUAGUACAGGUGAACACCCAUCCACACACAAACGAGGACUCUGAUCAGUUAUUACUGGUCUAAAGAGUGCUCGUUGGAGCUCUGAGACUCUGUGGAACUCCUUACUUAGGAAUCAAAUUAUGACAAGUUCCCCCUCUAAAUCUGGAUACAAGUGGUGGGAAGGAGAUGACAAGACAAAACGCCUUUACACAGAACUACUGGCAGAAAAGAUUGCAAGAAGUCCCAAGAAAACCCUCAAGACAAACAGCACGUUGACCAGAUCUGUCUCCAGCUGCAGUGACUUGAGAUCAAGGAUUCAAGCUCUUGAGCAUCAAGGCAGUAGUCCACCCAGCAGUCCAAUCAAGAGGUCAGCUUCUAUUAGGAGUUUAAGUUCACUAGAAGAAUCAGAUUCGUCACACAAUGGUACCGGGAAAAAGUAUACAUUUGAGACAGUUACCAUAGAUACGCUGGCAAAGCACGAGUACAUCAAAAGUCCUAAGAAGAAACCCUUUGGGUCUAAAGAAUCAUCAUCAUCUUCUUCUUCAUCAUCAUCACCAUCACCACCAACAAGUGGUUCUGAUGAAGAAUAUGAAAAGAAAAGAUUCUCCAUGCGCAAAACAUAUGAUAUGAAGGAAAAGGUACCAAGAGCGACAAGUGGUUUCCAUGGUGAUCAAAAGAAUGGUUUCCAAGGUGAUGAGAAAAAGAACCCUUGGGCGUGGUCAAGUAAAGAGAGCACAGUUACAGGCAAUAAUCCUGAUAGAUGGAGUUUAUCUUUUUCAGAUAAGGGUAAGGGACCUGCCACGCCCACUAAGAGCUGUUUCUCACCAAAGACAUCACCCAGACUCUCUAGCAUUGACUCUGAUUUAUGGAUGAAACCUAACCCGAUGUUCAUGUUGAUGACGUCUUCACAAAAGCCUGAACUCAAGUCAUUUGGGUGUCCUGAUAACAGCAAAGCCAUAGCUACAACAUCCACCCAGAGCGAUGUUACCAAAGAGAGGUUUUUAAAGAGUAAAUCAAAGUUAGAUGAAGUACCAGAAUAUAAGAGCUCCUCCUCAGAAUAUGACGUUGCUGAUGGUGCAAGCAGUGAUGGAGGAAGUGGGGACAGAGCAAAGAACUCGUCGAUAACUUUCAAGACACAAGGCUUCAACAGCCAGAAAUACAAUUUUCAAAGCUCAAGUUCCAAUGAUGAGGACAGUGGGAGAAAUGAUAAAGAAACAGGAUUCAUGAAAUCAGUCAAAAAGAGAGAAAUCCAAGCAGGUGAUGACAGCAAGAAGGUGCAGGAGAAUGCAAGGGUAAAAUUCAAUCAUGUGGAUGAAGUUGAGGGACAGAUUGAUAUCAACCAGAUCACCAAGAAGUUCCAAGCACUGUGUGAAGAGGUAGAACAAUUAGAAUUCAAAAUGUUUGAGUUUUCUGAUGACAUUCGUAAACUUAAAAUUGGAAUUGGCCUUAAGGAUGACAGUACCAACUCCGAAAACCAAGUUAGUGAGAUCAAGCAUCAUUACAAACAUGCGUUCACACUGGCGGCAGGUAAGGAUCUGUUAUCAGAGAGAGCAACUGCCCGUGCUCUGUUAAUGAAACAGUACAGCUCACCAUCGAAGUCUCCAAGAUCUAUUUCCAAGUUACUCCAAGAUACAGGUAUUGACAAAGAAAUGGCAGAAGCCGAUGCAAGAAGAUCGCAAGUACUUGAAGAAGAGUUGAGGAAAAUCAAUGAAAAGGAUCUGACUGAAGAUGAAAUUCAAGAGGUUUUGAGAUCAGCAAAGGCAAAAUACAUUGACAGGUCAAACUAUUUAGAAGAUAUUGGCUUCAGCAUCAAGAAAGACAGAAAGAAAGGCUAAAAAUACAAAAAAGUACAUCCCUUGAAAAUAAGGUUUGAAAAUCUCAUGAAGAUAAGUUUUGUUAAUUGCUUUUAAGUAGAAUAUUAAUUUACAGCUUUUACAAAAAAAAGUUUGCAUCGAGAUCAAGUAAAAGUUUCAUUCUUUAGAGUAAAGUUUCCUAUUAUGUCUUUUCUGGUUUCAUUGAUCAAAUUUUCAUUGUUUAAUUCCAGAAAUAAUCCAUAACCCCCAACUGAGGAAUUUCUUCAAUUUUCUUCCAUAAAAACCCUGUUAUUUUGUUCUUUGUCUGACCCCCCUACCCCUCAGAAAUUC